CGAGGAAACCGUAGGCGACAGUAUUUUCAAGUCAGUCCGUAAAGCACAGUGCAUCAGUACGCCCGCCUAAGGUGGCACUUUGUGAUGGUUAACAUUGCAUGGCUGCAUGCCUGACUGCCUUGUUGUAUUGUUCGCUUGCUCGGAAGCCAACAAAGCAGUCGAAGCUCGCAGGCUAAGCAGCUUGGCCAAAGCGUGCUGCUGCCCCUCUGAUUUCAUUGGUCACUGAAGGUGUCGAGGUUUGAGUAAGCUGCCUCGUUCGAGGCCGCACACGUGUCGGUGAUAUAGGUGCUCUACUGAAUCUCGGAGCUUGCAGUGAGACACUCACUGCUUAUAUCGCAGAUGUAGGGUGGCUCGCGAGCUGCUGAAGUCCACCGGAAUCGUCAUCCGGAAAAGUAAGGCCUUCCCGCACUGGCCAAAAUGCCGGCACAAGAGGAUAGCUUCCAUCGCUCACAGACUCUAGAGCAGAGUCAAUAUGAAGAAGAUCUUUACAGUCAUCAGCAGAGUGAGCACAGUCAGUCCACCGACGACGUAGUGGAGCAUUUCGAGAAGAUGGGGCUUCACGAUGAGAAGAAGCCGCAUGGCGGCUUCAAAGAAAAAGUGAAGGGCAUGUUUAAAGAAGCUUUUCCCGAAGCGAUCACCGACAUCAAGAUUAUGGGUGGCAUGGCCGCACUUGAAACACGCGUCAAGAAGGAGAUGCACGACCCGAAGCUUUUCCCGGAAAUCGAACAUGUAGCUGCUGUUCGACGUGGCAUCGAACUAUGCCCGGAAGAGCAGCACUUUCUGGCUCAGCGAAAACUGCGUGCUCGUGAUAACUUCGCCAAGUAUCUCGGUGUCAGACGAGAGGAUGUACAUCCCGAAGACGUGCCUACUGUGUCCUUUGGCGGAAGCGGUGGUGGCUUCCGCGCCAUGAUCGGGUGCUUAGGCUAUUGUAGGCAGAUGCAACACGACGGUCUGUGGGACUGCUUGACGUACGUCGCUGGUGUUUCUGGCUCGUGUUGGUCUUUAGCUGCCUACUACACGUUCGGACAGGCCAGCUUCGAUAAAGUGAUCGAUCACUGCAAAGUACGCUUUUCGCCGCUGCACCCUCUAUCAGGCGAGGCGAUCCGAACAAUCCUCAGUGCUCCCGGCGGCGCUCGAGUGACACUUGGGCCGCUGAUUCAGAAAAGCAAAAGUGGACUUCAAACCGUCGCGAUGGAUCUAUAUUCUGUAUUCACCACCGGAUGGAUCUUCUUCCAAGAUGACCCGGCAACCCACCCAGGUCGCGGACAUCUUCCACACAAGGAGGUGGCAGGUCACCAAAAGUCGUGGUACCGAUGGUCUACCGCACGAGAGUUCACCGAUAAUGGUGCCGAGCCGCUCCCAAUCAUGACUGCGAUCCGUCAUGAACGGCCCUGGAAGGAUUGGAAAGAUAAAGAACAUCCGUUCGACGAAGCUGACCACAGUCAAGGCGAUCAUGCAGACGCCAAGGAUGCAUGGUUUCAGUGGUACGAAAUGACUCCGUAUGAGGUCGGUUGCGAUGAAAUACAGGCUUGGGUUCCUACUUGGGGUUUCGGUAGGCCGUUCGAAGAGGGUAAAUCAACGAUGCAGUUACCGGAACAGUCGCUCGCUCUACUGCUCGGUCUCUGUACGAGCGCUCCGGCCGGUCCGCUUACGUCUUACAUCACCACCAUUAGUCGCAAUCUCCCCACGAAUUUUCUGGGCAAUUCAGUACGAGAAAUGGCAUCAAAGGUCACCAAACUCUGGGGCAAGAAAGGCACGGAAGAGUUCCAGGAGCACCACCCGCUACAUGCUUGCAAUGAGCACAACUUUAUGUUCCACUAUACGCAUGUCGAACCCGGCCAAGGUAGGCCGCCUGGUCUCGAGAACUCGCCGCGCAUUCACCUCAUCGACAGUGGCAUGGACAACAACUGCCCAACGUACAAUCUGUUGCAUCCGGCUCGCCAGACCGACGUCAUAAUCAACAUGGACGCCUCAAGUGAUGUACAAAAGGAUACAUUCCAAGAGCGAGUGGACCAGAUCGGCAGUCGCCGCGGACUGAAGUUUGUGAAACGACACGAUGUUAAGCCUGGAGAAGAUCCCAAAGACCCGAAUCGCUUCAAUGGCCUGUAUGCGCAGAUAUACGACGGCAAGCCCUGCCCUAGACCGGAGACGGUGGUGGACUCUUAUGGUAGAAACGUCUCGAAUCCACCAGCGCCAAUCUACGAUCGCGAAUGCACCAUGAUCUACAUGCCGCUUCUGCCCAAUGAAAAAGCUGUACCUGAUUUCGACCCAUCGACUGCGAAGUUCUCCGGCUCGUAUAACCUCGUGUGGACGCCAGAGCAGGUGGAAACGUUGGUCAAGGUGUGCAUUGCGAAUUUUGAAGAUGGCCAGGCUACAAUCAAGGAGGCUCUACACGAAGCGUGGCAACGGAGAAUAGCCGAGCGUGAGGCACGUGAGGCAGGCAAGAAGGCACCCGUACCCGCACCUGCACCUGCAUAUGCAACUACAUGAUAGUGAUACCCAGUGUAUAGAUCCCAGGCUUGUUUAGCUCGUCUACCAUUAUGUAUGAUCUCUUCUAGAUGGUCUAGUAAGCACUGCGC